UUGUCCCUCUCCUCGGUCUCAGAAAAAAUGCCCCAGGGCUUUUCGAGCGCAGUCUUCCGACUAAAAAAACCCUAAACAAAUCCCCAUCUCAAUUUCUCAUUCUAAUCCACGAUCAGUCAAGUGGCAGUUAUGGCAAUGGCUAUGAGAAGAGCUGCAAAUGGGUUUCUUUUUAUCUCAAAGAUGCAACGAAACAAAUUGGGCCGGUUUGAUCUAUCUCGAGUUAUUCUCCGGCAUUUCUCGGAUCAAAGGGACAGAUCGUUCAUGAAUCCGUCGGAUUUUGAGAAAUGGGAUAAUGGUGGUGGUCUUUUUCAUAGGACUGCAUCCAUUGAUCCAACUGCAGUUAUAGAAAUUGGUGCAGUUGUACAUCCAAACUCUGUGCUUGGUGUCGAUGUUCAUAUUGGAUCUGGAACCAUAGUAGGCCCUUCUGUCUUUGUUGGGAAUUCUACAAAAGUAGGGUAUAAUGCUGCCCUAAGUAAUUGUUCCGUGGGCAUGUAUUGCAUAUUCCAUCAUGGCGUUCGCAUUGGCCAAGAUGGGUUUGGAUUUUAUGUUGAUGACAAGGGGCAUGUACUGAAGAAACCACAAGAGCUGUGUGUGAGAAUUGGAGAUCAUGUGGAAGUUGGUGCUAAUACUUGCAUUGAUAGAGGCAGCUGGAGAGAUACUACUAUAGGGGAUCAUACCAAAAUAGAUAACCUAGUUCAGAUUGGUCACAAUGUUGUUAUUGGAAAGUGUUGCAUGCUCUGUGGGCAAGUUGGGAUUGCUGGUUCUGUAACAAUGGGAGAUUAUGUGGUCAUGGGAGGCAAAUCAGGUGUUAAAGAUCAUGUUUCAGUUGCUUCAAAGGUACGAGUUGCAACAAAUAGUGGUGUCAUAAAGGACAUUACAGAACCCGGUGAUUAUGGUGGUUUUCCUGCAGUUCCAAUCCAUGAAUGGCGCAGGCAAUCUGCUAAGCUUCGCUAUUUUUUCAAGCAAUAGUCCAGCUUGUAAAGAUUUGUGGUUUAUCUGGAUGAAUGUGAAAUUGAAUGCAUUCUGUUGUAAAAGCGAGCUAAAAAAUGGUUUUCCAUUGUUUUUAAAAAAAGGUUCACGAGAAUUUUGGAUUUGAUUUGAGUUGUAAUUUUUCUUGUAUCCAGAGAAAUCUUUCUUGUGGUAAAGACAGUAGAAAUGAAAGUCAAAUUGUUGCGAUUGGCUCCU